AGUUUGCCCUCUCAAUAAAAUAUAGUAGGGCUGUGGUAAAUAUGUCGUCAAAUGGCGCAUGCGUGGCUCACAUCUAUUUUGACUCACAUCGGGCAGCGACAGCAGUGACAGAACAGGUCCACUUCCACGGAGUCAACCACGUUGCACCACCAUGUUUCUACAGUAGCCCAGAACAGACAAACAACACUUUCUUGCCUUUCGUGUUUUUAUGGCAACUAAGGCCCACCGUAGGUUACACGCUUGGAAAGGGAAGGGUGGCGGAGGGAUGUUCAAUUGGUUGCAAUAUGCAACCUUUCCGAUAGAUGCCACUAAUUUCUACACAAUGCAUCUUUAAAUCGGUUUAAUCACUUUUAUUUUGGUACAUUUGUGUCUAAAUGAGGCCGGAAGUUGAGCCAGCUGAUGGGACUAUCGCUGCUCACAGAACACUUUAUCAAUCCAAGCAUGGAGAAUCGCGUUGCAAGAAUAAAGUCUUCCAAAGGUAAAAGAGUCACGUCAAAGACUGACGAUGUGGAAUGUAAAAGGCGAGAGAUCUUGAAGGAGCGACUGCAAGACAAGGUGGAGCAUGAACGCAGGGCACAGCAGGUGACGGAGCGCUUACUGGAGGAUGCUGUAUCGGACGACUUCCUGACUCGUUGUGCUCUCUUGAUCACUGCUGAGAACUACCAGGAUACUGUGGAGGAAAGGUCCAUCGCCAAGCUUUGUGGUUACCCCAUUUGUCCGAACAAACUUGACAACGUACCCAGGCAAAAAUAUAAAAUUUCCACCAAGACAAAUAAAGUUUACGACAUCACAGAACGAAAGUGCUUUUGCUGCAACUUCUGUUAUAAAGCCUCAAAAUGGUUUGAAGUUCAAAUAUCAAAGACACCCCUAUGGCUUCGGAAAGAUGACAGAACUCCUGAUGUGACACUCAUGAAGAGACAAGAGGGGUAUGUGUGUAUAGGCAGCUCAGGACUUGAAGUUCCCCUGGUGGACAGGCCAGUGAAAGAAGCUGAUAUUGAGAAUCCUGUCCUCCCAGACGUCGAAGAAGACUCCACGGCAAUCUUUAGCAACAGCGGUGAUGAGGGCAACCAGAACGAAUUUGAUUGUAGCGACUCGACGUCAAAGUGUCAUCGAAGGGUACACUGGGCAGAGCUUCCUCAAGGCUCAGGGGCUAUUACAGGAACUCAAGCAGAGAAAGAAAGACAAGAACGUUCCUGUAGCGGUCACCUCCCAAAACAAUCUGAAACCGCAGCCAUCCAGCAUUCUUCCAUACCGAUGUUGUCCGUUGCGAAUGGAAGUCCAGAGAUUGCAAAGAAAUGCUCACAGGCAGACGGUGAGGUUGAGGAGACGUUUUUGAGUCAGUCUUCAGUAAGGACUGAUAACAGACAUCUCGCCGCACCAUUUCUCCAGGAGCCUUCAAGUCCCACACAAACAACAGAGGAGGAGUCUGACCCUCCUGUCGUCCAAAUCAAUAUGACCAAAGCAGGCGUGGCAGAACUGCGAGGCCAGCUGCAGCGCCUCGGAGUGAGCAAGUCAGGGACCACUUUGAUAAAAAAGCUCGGUUUGAUGGAGCGCUUAAAGCUCACCCUUAUGCAAUGGAAGACAGACGAAACCAUGAAGCUGUUGCGUGGGUCGGAUUAUACCACGGGAGACCUUCACACAUGGCAACAUGAAAUGGAGGAGGAGCUGGAUGAAGAUGACAUACAGGAGGCUCCAGCAGAUGAACUGUAUUCCACUGGGCUGACGGGGGAGCCCAUGUCCUCCUCAUCUCCAGACUGUACCACCUUUGGCAGGGCAACUCCUACAGUGGACGUUCGGAUCAAAGAAAACACCACAGAAUGCAUUCUUCCCAAAGGCACUGAUAACCAAGAUGUUCCCUGCAAGGUCAGCGGCUCCAAGGAACCGGUCCUUCCUCUGGUGGACUGCCUGUCACAGCUCGUCAUCCAGAAGCGCAUCGUAGUGGAGAGGCUCAGGAGAAGCCUGAAGAAUCUUGUCGGUCCCCUGCGUCUUACCAUGAGUGAAGUCUCCAAUGACCUCAACAAUCUGGUCAGGACCCUAAGGCUUACAAAUACCAACAUCAUCCACAGAAACCCGGAGUGGACCGUGAUUGCUGUGGUGUUCCUUUAUGCUUUAACAGGAGUGUCACCACUACUGAAGGAGAGUUUGACCCAUCCUUCUGCAGUGGAGUUCAUAUCGUCUCUGAUGAAGGACUUACAGCUGACUGGCGAGGACCUUCACUGCCUUGUGCGAUUGUUCUGCCCCCCCCCGAGCUGAACUGUGCCCGUAAUGUCCUCCGAUGUCACCAGAAGUACCACUACUGACCACCAGGAUUGACCCGCACCCCUCCCCUUGAGAACCUUUGGAAGCACACGGAUACUUAGAAUGAUGAAGAAGAGAUGCAGAAACAUGAAACAAGAAUGAGAGGGAUAACAUAAGACUUUAAGUUUCAUAAAGUUGUGUUUAAUAAAAACUGCGGUGCUGUAGUUUUUACUUAUCAUGUUUGUGAGAAUGUUCUGUAUUUCUUUAAAUAAAAUGUAUGAUAUUUGUGUCUA